AUGGCCAAGAAGGCCAGAAGACUUGGUAGCAAGCUUGCAGGCUGGAAGUAUCUUAUACGGGCCCAGCAGUAUACAUACCACCCUAUGCUGGUUAAGCUUAAGUGUGAGAGGGAAGCCCUGGCUAAAGCCAUGCACCGCAACGAGGCCAUGGGAGCCACGGACGAAGGCGACCAAGCAGCGACAGACCAGCUCACCAAGUCGAAGACACGACUGGAGCAGGACGAGAACUGGCCCUAUCUCGUCGGUAUCUACUUCUUGGAAAUUGUCGUAGUUGCCUUCAGGAACAGGUUUGACCCAGAAUUGCAGCUUGAGUACAAUGGACGGCUAGGUCCCAUCGAUAGGCACUUCGCCAUCAAGACGGCUUUUGAGGCCAAGCCAUCACAGGUAAUGCUUGCGACCAGGGCCACAGGAGGACAGGGCCUCAAUCUCCAAUGCUUCAGUGCCGCCGUCUAA